GCUCUGAAAGUCAUAUUACAGAGGAAUGAUUUCCUUCCUCCGGAUAAAAAUUUACAGGAAUUUGGAGGAAAAUAUUUCCUUGGUCAUUACUAAAACGUUCAGAGUCAGAUACAUUCAGCAUCAUACUGUAGAUCCUGUUAGUCAAAGCAUAAACAAGCGUAGGGCCUGGGGUGGCUUCCUUCAAGUAGGCUGACUCAGUCUGGGAGGAUUCACUUAGCAAGAAGCAGAGAGGAAACAAAGCAGGAUGAAGACAUUGCCUCUGCUCGUGCUGGCUCUUACCUUACUGACUGUCUUCUCAGAGACCUCCCCGAUUUUGAUGGAGAAGCAGGCCAAACAGCUCCUAAGAUCUCGGCGACAGGAUAGACCAAGCAAACCCGGAUUCCCUGACGAGCCAAUGCGGGAGUACAUGCAUCACCUGCUCACCCUGGAGCACCGCGCUGAGGAGCAGUUCCUGGAGCACUGGCUGAACCCUCACUGCAAACCCCACUGUGACAGGAACAGGGUUCAUCCUGUGUAAGGGCCUUGGGACCAGCCUCGCAAGCAUUUUAAUAAGCAACAACUUGGAUAAUGUUGAAACAAGACAAGGCUGCUUCUUUCAUUUGUUUUUAAAUUGUGGAAGUGGAUGUCUUCAGACCUCGUGAACUGUGGGCAUGUCAAAGGUUGUCUUGGAAAUGGCAAAUAUAUAUACUGCUUCAUUUUGCUAACCUGCAUAAAUCACUAAAACCAAUAGCUGAAAGCAUAGACACUUCCCAAAGGUCUUCCCAUCUGUUUGUAAGAGUGGGAAGAACCAGAAUCUUACCUGGGGCUGAUGGAGCUGGAACCCCCAGACCAGGAGUUGGGGCAGGCUGCCUGCCCUAAAGAAUUUGGGGAAGCCUUGUUCAGAGUAGUGAAGCAUAGCACUUGGAGUUGCUGAGUUGUUUUGUCAUCUAUUUUUUUCUUCUUCUUUUCUGCCCUAAUAAACAUUGGUAUUAAAUUUAA